UUGACGAUGGCGCUAGGCCUCGCCGCCGCGCUAACCAUGGCGUCCUUUCUCGCCGUGUCAGCUGCCGCCAGCGAAGGCCUAUCAACGUCGACAUACUACGUGGCCGUGGAGAACAAGCUGCCGGCGGGCGCGGGCAUGGACCUCGUCUGCCGCGCGCUGGGAGGGGAGCUCUUCACCGAGUGGAGCGUCGUGCCCCGGGGCCACAUGCCAAAGGGCGGUCGGCGCGUGGUCGAGCUCCUGGUGGAUGGCGAAGGCCGGUACGCGCAGGUCGUCUGCAGCUGGGCCUACCAGGGCAACUAUGUCGGCGGCAUGUCGUUGCUCGAUUCGCGGUGGCCGGAAGCCAAGGGGUGCCGGAACCCUAGAGCUAGCGGCGGCAUGUGCCGCAUCGUGUUUGAGGAUGACAAGGUGCGGUUUGAAGCUCCUGGCGGUGGGACGCGUGUCAUUGGUGACUUGUCUGUGAAGAGGUGCCAUGGGCAUUGGCUGGUUUUUAGCACGGAUUGCAGUUAUCCGGACCAUCCAAACCCUUAUGCUGGGCGUGUCUUACGCAAUGCCUUGGAGUACUUCGGCGUGUGAAUAAAUUCAUUGAUUGAUUA